AUGAGGGGUGAUGUGGUGCCGCUGAUGGAGCACAAGCCUGAGGCAUCAGUGAUUGACAACAAAGUUCUGCUGGAAGCUCACGUCAUGAGCAAAUGCCCAGACGCCCGUGAUUGUCUGCAAAAAUUGGUAGUUCCUGCCAUGGAGCAGAUCAGUGACAAAGUAGACUUCGGUUUGUCAUUCAUCGCAAGUGUAUCCAACAAAUCUGCCGAUGUAGUAUGCAAACAUGGUCCUGCUGAAUGCAUAGGCGACAUGCUCAUUCUCUGUGCUGCGAAUCUCCCUUUCCCACCGGAGGGACGAAGCAUGCUUCGCACCCCAACGAUCCGCUCCCUGGGCUUCGCCAACUGCCUGAUCAGUUCCUAUGAGAAGAUCCCAGAGCGCUCAUUUGUCGAGCAAUGCGCUUUGGAACAUGGCAUCGAUUUUGAUGCCUUGAACGAGUGUGCCAGCCAGCAGGACGAUGACCCUGGCCAUCACGGAGGGGACAAGGAUCCCCUCAGCGGUAUCGCGCUGCUCCGCAAGAGUGCCCUGUACAGCGAGGCGCUUGGUGUCAGAACUAGCUGUACCGUCCGGCUAGAUGAGCAAGUGUGGUGUGUUCGUGACGACGGCGUGUGGAAAGACUGUGCCCAAGGAGGAAGAGGUAGUCAGGUUUCUGUGCUUGUUGAGGAGAUCGAGAAGAUUUAUAGAAAGCGGAAUUAA